CGUGAUCCCUACUUUGACAAUAGUGGAUGCUCACAUCCUGGCUGCGAGCCUGCGUAUCCAACUCCCAAGUGUCCAAACAGAUGGAAAAAACAAAACCUUUUCUGGCACAAAUCUAAGCACUUCAGUGUCAAUGCAUAUAAAAUCAGUUCUGGUCCAUACAAUAUAAUGGCUGAAAUUUUCUUAAGUGGACCAGUAGAGGUCUCAUUCACCGUGUGUGAGGAUUUUGCUCACUACAAAUCAAGAGUUUAUAAACACUUAACAGGGGAUCAAAUGGGAGGUCAUGCAAUUAAGCUGAUUGGUUGGGGAACUACCGACGAAGGGGAGGACUAUUUG